UCUCGUCGUUAAGAAAUGACUGCAGAAAAAUUAACGAUUCUCGAUAAUGGAGAAGGUUUAUUUCAAACACACGUUUAUGUGAAAGAUGUUCAAGAAGCUAUUGGAGAACAGAUGAACACUGAGUCAAGACUCGGAGAAAAUACCAAAUAUACUGUUGUUGGAGACGGAAAUGGAUUCAUGAGUCGAGUAGUUCUUGUCGAACCGGAAUGGACCAUUACGGAAAAUCAUCUCCCAAAGAAAUUUAUUUUGAAAAUCUGCUCAUCCUUACAUGUACAUGGAAUUGUUGAUAAAAUGAAAGAGUCUAACCAGAGCAUAAAUGAAAAUGAAGAAGAGUUGUGGGCAAUGUUUGAAAAUGAGGCUCAACAUCUUCAUAAUCGAGAAGUUAACUUUUACGUGCUAGCUGAGAAGUGGAAUAAGCCGGAGGAGCUUCUCAACGCGAAAAUAUUUUUCUCGAAGAAGUUUGAUUCUGAGAACAAGCUCAAAGGAUUUUUGGGAAUGGAAUAUGUCGAUGAUGUGACGAUCAGACAUCUGUACUGUAAUUUAAAGCCGUAUGAGUUGCAUCCAGUUCUAAAGGCAGUUGCACAACUCCAAGCCGAGAGCCUUCACUUGAGUGAUGAGGAACUUCAAAGUAUUUCUGGAUUUGAUUUCAAACAAAUGAUGGGUACGAUGUUCAACGACGAUGGUCUAAAAGGGAAUUAUAAACAAACAAGAGAUAUUAAUCCGGAACGUCUCAAAGAGAAAACCGACAUUGUUGAAGCGUUUGGAAUGGAAGUUGUCAAUUUUGAAUUUGCUGGUAACCUAAAUAAAGUCGUCGGAAUUCAUAAGGAUGUUUUGGUACAUGGUGAUCUUUGGGCAGCCAAUAUUUUAUGGAAUGAAAACGAUGGAAAGUUUUCCGCAAGCAAGGUUAUUGAUUAUCAGAUUAUUCACAUGGGAAACCCAGCUGAGGACUUGGUUCGAGUUUUCCUCUGUACACUCUCCGGAGCAGAUCGACAAGCUCAUUGGGAAAAGCUUCUUGAGCAAUUCUACGAAUAUUUCCUUGAAGCCCUUGAAGAUAAUGAGAUUCCGUACACUCUUGAUCAGCUUAAAGAAUCUUAUCGUUUGUACUUUGUAACCGGAAGUCUUGUAAUGUUGCCACUGUACGGACCAAUUGCGCAGACAAAACUAUCAUACUCAAAGGAUACCGAACAUGUCGAGGAAUAUCGUGAAAUCUUGACUGAAAAAGCUGAAAAACUUCUUGAAGAUAUGGAGCAUUGGCAUUUUUACAGCAGAAAUUUGACAGGACGCCAAGAAAAAGAUUCUGUGACUAAUUAAUUUAUGAUUUAAUAUGUAUGAGAUUGAUAUAAAUGCUUACCUAG